UUGUGUUUACUGUUUUUUUAUGUUUAGGCCUACAAUUUGAGUUUAGGUUAGGGCCGACUAAAGUUUACUGUCAUGUUGCAACUUUGUGGAAGAAAAGACAUGAACUUUUCCAAUUUUUCUUGUAGAUAAUCUAGACUAGGUAAUCUCACGAUAUAGCGUCGGAAAUUAUCCGCUAGUCUAAUGGCAAACGGUGAAAGCAUUGCUGUUUCAAGACGCUACACUCAGGUUGUUGAUGCUCAUGCGCACCUAACGAAUGAGUUGCUGAUAGGGGAUAUUGAUAAUAUCAUUGCAAGAGCUUUAGUGAAACAUGUAGCAGCUGCUCUUGUGGUGACAGAAAAUCUUAAAGACUUUGAGCAUGUCAUAGACCUGUAUAGGAGCUUUCCAAGGUUUGUGGUUCCAUGUCUUGGAAUUCACCCUAUUCAGUGUUCCGGAACCAAGGAUGAUGCUGGUAUUGAAAUAAUGAGAUCUGUAAUACUAAAUGACUAUGAAGGUGUAGAAGAAUCUAUUGAAGAUAAUUUAGACAUCAUUGGUGGUAUUGGAGAGAUUGGUUUAGAUUUCACCCCAAGGUUCUGCCAGAAGCCAGAUGACAAAGAAAUCCAGACUCUGAUUCUAACAAAGCAGGUGCAGCUUGCUGAUAGACACAGACUACCAAUUAACGUUCACUCAAGAUCGGCUGGAAGAAAAGCAAUCCAGCUACUUAAAGAACUUGGUGCACAAAAUGUUCUUUUACAUGCUUUUGAUGGUCGUGCUUCUGUAGCAUUGGAAGGAGCUUCAAAUGGUUUUUAUUUUUCUGUUCCAUCUUCAGUUUGUAGAGAUACACAGAUCCAGAAGAUGGUAAAAGCCUUACCUUUAGAUAAACUGUUGGUUGAAACAGAUGCCCCAUGUAUCUCACCAGUGAAAGGGACUGUCAAUGAGCCCGCAAAUGCCAUGGUAUCCAUUGAAUAUAUUUCAAAAAUAAAGAAAAUACAUCUUGAAUACGUAAAGACCAUCACAACAGAAAAUGCUGUCCGGCUUUUCCCAAAGUUGAAAGAUAUCCUGUAAGAAAUUUCUCUUGUGUAAAUAAUGCUGAGUUAUUCUGAACAGAUUUGCAAUAAAAUCUGGGUUUUUUUUU